CAUUCAUUCAAUAAUAUAAAAACUUUUUUUUUCAAAUUGUAUUUUAUGUUUAAAUGACAAUUAAUUUUUACAAAAUAAUAUAAUCAUUGAUUUAUUAAAUAAAUUUUGAUAAAAAUAUUUAUCUAUAAAAUGUAUUUAAGAAAAUCACUGAAAGGUUUUCAAUUAAUUAUCGGUCGACAAAAACUUGUGAAUUGGUGUCAACUGAGUGCCACUCGAAGACAUUUGAGUGAUAAUCGAGACAAUGACGACAAUUCAGAAGAUAAUAUAAUUAAAAGAGUUGACAAACAGAUCGGUCGAGAUUUGAAAACAACUGAAGAGUCACAAGAAGACAGAUCUGUUCGCGCAGAACAAUGUCUGAACCAAUUGAUUGAUUCAUUGAAGUCGAAACAAACGUUAGGUCCCAGCGAUGAAAGACUAAAGAAAAUAUUGGCCAAACCAAAGACACACAUCAGACAGAGUGCUAGAGAGGAGAUCAAAGUUGACGAUAAAAUUGAAGACAUUAGGAAAUUUGCCGGUAAUAUUGAUGAACGUCUGGUUUUGGCGGCUAAAGGUAUCGCACGGACGCUGAGAGGCGAACAGUCGAAGCGUACUGAAGAAGAUUUGAUGAAAUUAUUGAAAUUGCAAAACAUUGAAACCAAUUACGCAAAGAAGGGACGAAUUCUGCCAAAAGAAAAAUUAUCAUCAAUUUUAUCUGAAAUGAAAGUUAUUAAAGAAGAACCUAAAGAACAAUAUUUUACACCAUUGGCACCAAAGGUCAGCAAAAAUGAAAAUACUGAAACAAAUGACAUAUUUGGCAAUAAUAGCAAAAGAGGUAAAACUAUCGCUGAUUUUGUAAUAAACGACGUGAACUUUGACGACAGUGACAUCGGUAUCAAAGUUCGGCACAAAACAGUCGCUGAUUUCACGAAUAAUACAAAUCCGUUUCAAGAGGAACUUAAUUUUGAGUUCAGAGAAGGAACCAAUCAAUUGAAACAAACAAAACCAUUUCAAAGACAAAGAAAGACUUAUGUAGACAUGGAUUCAAAAGGACAGUCUGUUUCGCAUUCAUUAAUGUCUGAAGAUCUCGAAGAGAUGACAGUAUCGAAAACAUUGUUUCAAAAUAGACAAAAAAGACAGACCUCUUCGGGACAAAAACAUAAUUUGUUUACCGGUGAAGAUAUUGGCAUAUUUGAGGCCAAUAUGAAAGAGGCGGAAGAUUUGCCAAAAUUGUUAAUUUGGGACAGACUUUUAGAGGAAGAGUUACGAGACGUUGUCGCACAGCCACCGAUGAAUGCGUUUGAAGAGAUGAUUCAAUGGACUGAAGAGGGAAAACUAUGGAAGUAUCCGAUAAAUAACGAACAGGGUCUUGAAGAGGAAGAAAACGUUCCUUUCUAUGAACACGUAUUACUCGAUCAUCUUUUGGAUGGCUUUCCUGAGUCGGGUCCCAUCAGAAAGUUUAUAGAGUUAGUAAUCAUCGGUUUGUCAUCCAAUCCAUACAUUUCUGUUGAACGAAAACACGCGACCGUUCAGUACUACAGACAAUAUUUUAACGAAAAUAAAGACUUACUCCAAGUGGCCGGUGCUCUGACAUCGGCUUGACUUUGAUUAACAUAUUUAUCUCACUUAACAUAAAAUUUAUAUAAAAAUAGUUAAUUUGUUUACAAAAU